GUAUUUUAUGCAAGUUUGGAAAAUUGAAUGUCUUUUGGAAGACAAUCAAACUUGUGAUGAUGUUGUUAUUAUGAACAUGGCUUUCAGAAUGAAGAUGAAGUUUGAUAAAUAUUGGAAGGAUUAUAGCACUGUCUUGGCUUUUGGGGCAAUUCUUGAUCCUCGAUUAAAGUUAAAGUUCUUGAGGUUUUGUUACAAAAAACUAGAUCCUUCAACCUUUGAAUUGAAGGCAAAUGAAGUAUUGGAGAAAUUUAAAAGGUUGUAUGGAGAGUACAUAAAUACUUUUGGUGGUUCAACAAUUUCUCAAAGUAGUAAUCAAUCUCCUAUGUCACCUGAAGAAGGAAGGCUUACAAAGAAGAGCAAAAUGGUGAUGAAGGAGUUUAGAGAAUUUGACUGUGAAACCCAAACUUCCAAAGAUAAAGAUGAAUUAGAGAUUUAUCUAAAAGAAGGUUUGAUUCACACCAAUGAAGAUGAUUUGAAGUAUGAUGUGCUGAAUUUUUGGAAGAUUAAUGAGGAUAGGUUUCCCACUCUGUCAGUUAUGGCCAGAGAUGUUUUAAGUAUUCCCAUCACUACAGUAGCAUCUGAGUCUGCAUUCAGUAUUGGUGGACGUGUUUUAACAAAAUAUAGAAGUUCCACUCUUCAUGAGCAUGUUCAAAUGCUUAUUUGCACAAGGAGUUGGUUACGUGGAUUUGUUCCAAAUCAUGAUGAUGAUGAAAUUGGUGAAAUUCAUGAAGAAGAAGCGUCAACAGAAACGAUGCAUCCCCCUCAACAUUUAUGAUUUUAGAUGAUGAACUUUUGUGUCAAUUUUAUUUUGAUUUUCU